UGGUGGCGUGAACUUAUCAGUCCGCUGACCGACCCCAUUAUCAGCGGCCGUUGUGGUGUUGUGUCUAUUAUACCAGUAUUCAGUAGUGACUUAAAUUAUUCAUUACUAGUAUUGCGAAUAAAUCAUUAAUAAUUGUUUAAAUUUCGGAAGUACUGUGCGUCUGUCGGACAAAAAAAGCCUCUAUCAGUUCAAUACCAUAUCUUUGAUCCGUAUUAACUAACUUUUUCGACACACUUUAUCUCUGAUCUCUCUCGCACUGAGGUAACGAACAAAUUGUUAAAAACUAAGCAUAUCCGUUGUCGUGUACAACUGCAGUAGCAGGCGCACGCAGAAAGAUGCGACGCCGUUAAGACCCCAGUUCUCGAGUCGAUCAGUAAAGGGUUAUGCGACAAAUCCAAAAUGCUUCGUAAACAUCGUAAAAAAAUGUUUAAUAAAACAGCAUUGAAAAUGGUAGCAUCUGAAAUGACAACCAAUCAAGAAAAAGAUAUUGACCAACUGCAGUAUGUAGACAUCAGUCCAGAUUUUUUGACUACUGGAAGAACUGGAAGACGUAAUGCUUUACCAGAUAUAUUAGGUGAACACAAACUUACUUCUACUGCUGAUUUACCUGAUCGUCUCCAAGCAUUAACUACAAAUGAAAGCACUAGCUCGAGUAGUAUGCAACCAACCAAAACUACUGGAGAUUCAGAUCUGUCAAAGUCUCAAAACGCUGCAUAUUAACAAAUUCUAAAUAACUAAAAUUAUAUAUAAAAAAAAAUAAUUGACCAUGGCCAGUUGUUUGAUAAAAAAUGAUUGGAUUAACUUUUUUUCCUCUUCAUUUAAGUUUUGAAAAAUUAUAGUAAUUAAGAAUUUUUUUCCUAGUCUUUCAAGGUCAAACCAAAGUAAAAUUUAUGUACUUUAUUUUUAUUAAAUUUCUGUUUUUAUUUAUUUGUAGGGUGUUUUGUUCCUGUUUUUAAUUAAUUAUCUACUAGUUUUAUUUAUACAUAUGUAAAAAAAAUGUUGGUGUUAAAAAUUACAUUUUUUAAAAAUUUGAUCAUAAAGUAAUUAUUCUUAAUGUGUCCUCCAUUGCUUUAAUUUAAAUCCUAAGUUUUAAAUUUUCUUUUUCUUGAAAUAAGUUUUAAAAAAUGAAAUGUUAAUAUUUAUUGACUUUUUUAAUUUGUAGCAUAGAAUAUACUACUUAAUUUUUUCUUAGCUCUUCAAAUAAGAAGUUUAUAAAUAUUUAUUAUUCAUUUUUUGAACAAAAAAUAUGGUACUUUAAAAUAAUAAAUAUAUUAGAGAAUCAUGAUUAAAAUAAGACAAUAAACCUAUCAAUAAAAUACAAAUACAAAUUAGAUUGUAAAAUAUAUACGUACACAGUAAUAUUUACACGGUCAAUUUUGUGAUAUUUUUACAAGUUCUUACCUGUAUAAUUGUCUUAAUUUUAUGUUUUUAUAGUAAUUUUGUUUGUGCUGUAAUCUUUAAGGAAGAUUUAUUAAAUACCUAUUAAUUAAUAAAUUUCACAAAACCUAAAAUAAAGAAAUCGAAUAUUUGUAGAUAUUACAAUAUGAUGUCUGUAUUGAUUUCUGUUUCAUUUGUUCCUUAUUUUUGUAAUAAGUAGUGUACUAUGUUUUUAAAGAAAAUUCAUUAAAAAUUAAAUUUUAUUUAGAAAUAUUAUUAUUUAUUAAUAUUAAUAUAAUAUAUUAGUAAGAUAUAAUAUUCACAGAAAAAAUAUAAGAUUUAAUUUAUUAUAUAAAAGUCCAUAUUUUUCUAACAGAGUUAAGAUUAUAACUAUGUAACUUUUCCCAUAUAAAUAUGAA